AUGAGACCAAAAGAAUCAGAUGUAUAUAAGAGAAUUCGUUUGUUGGGACAAGGGUCCUUUGGGAAAGCUUAUCUUUGUGAAUAUUUAAAAGAUCACUCGUUGUGUGUUAUAAAACAAAUGGACAUGAGAUAUUUAAAUGAUUAGGAGAAAAAAGAAACCUACCGAGAAUUCAGAAUAAUGUCUGAGUUAAAGCAUCCAAAUAUCAUUAAUUUUAGAGAGGUUUACAAGACUGUAAAGGGGAAAUUAUGUAUAGUUAUGGAUUAUGCUGAAGGUGGUGAUUUGGCUUAGGUGUUAAAGAAUACAGAGGGACACAUACCUGAGUCUAGGAUUUUGGACUGGUUUACUUAAAUGUGUCUGGCAAUAAAGCAUUGUCACGAUCGGAAGAUAAUUCAUCGAGAUAUUAAAACUUAAAAUAUGUUCCUGACUAAAGACAUGAGAAUACGUUUGGGAGAUUUUGGGAUAGCCAGGUUAUUGAACAAUACAAGAGACAAAGCAAAAACGAUGGUUGGCACUCCGUAUUAUUUGGCACCUGAAUUAUUGGAGAAUAAACCAUAUAGUUUUAAAGGUGACAUUUGGUCGCUUGGAGUAAUACUCUAUGAAAUGUGUGCCAAGACUCCCCCCUUUACUGCUGAAUCGUUGGCAUCAUUGGCUCUAAAAAUAGUGCGUGGCUAAUUUCAAGCCAUUCCAAAUGUUUACUCAUCCCAAUUAAGAACCCUUGUGAAUUAGCUUUUAACAGUUAACCCUGAAAAACGACCAGCUGUUCACCAAAUACUCAAGAUGCCCAUCAUCACAAAUAGAAUUAAGAACUUCCUAUCAGAGACUAUGAAAAGGAGUGAAUUCGAUCACACAAUAUUGCACAACCAGCAGAUUCAUUUGUCUGACACAACUAUUCCUUUGAUUGAUGACCAAGAUGCAAAGGGGGACUUAAUUGAGUAAACUUCAAAAGAGAAUCAAGUUAAGCAAUUGCCAGGAAUCAAGAGUCCCCUCAUUAAUUUGUAGAAAUAAAGAAAGAACAGUGAUUUAAAGAAGCUACCUGAAAUUAAAUUGGCCAAACCUGAGAAGCCACCAAUAACUAGAUAAUAAAGCAGUCGAUAACAAUUGAAUCAACUUCCUAGUUAAAGGGUUUAGCCAUCUACUCCUGAAGUAGGCAUUCAUAAUAAAUAAAAAAACGGCCGCUUUAUUACAAAAGAAAGUCCUGAUUCUUAUUAGGGAUCAGAUCAAGUCAUGGAGGAAGCAAAUAAAAAUAGUGAACUGGAGAGUCCUAAAUUCUUUAAGAAAAAUAGUGAGAUUAAGCCUCACAUCAAAAACAUCAAGGGGCUUACAAAAUUAGAUUAAAUCUAAAAAAUUAAGCUUGGAUUGAAAUCUGAAGAUGAUGCCAAAAAACCCAUUUAUAGAGUUCAUGCAUAACCCAAAAUGUCAGAAUAAUUAAAAUAAAAGGAACGAAAGGUAUCCGAAGAAAUUGUUUCACAUUAUUUAAAAUAAGAGGAACCUAUUAAUUAAUAGCAUCAACUAGAAAAGAUUUCAGAAACUCCAGAGUAGAAACUACUCAAUUAAUCAACCAUCAGUGAUUUUCAAAAUUCAGAAGAAAACAUUGAUAAUAACAAAAAAUAAAGUAUUAUGACACCUGCUUUCGAAAUUCAAAUAGAUAAAUAAUUUCAAGCACCUGAACUUAUUUCAAAGAAACCAUCGAAAUUAAUCAAAUAGUCAAAUUCAAAAACUGAUGAAGAGAAAAAUAAGAAAAAAAUAUAUAAAAUAAUUUAUAGAGACCCUUUCUUAAGAAAGCCUCAAAUUUAGAAACGAAACAGUGAAGAGGAUAUGAAAGAAAUGAUUAAUGAACUGAAAAAUGUUCUUUCGGAUUAAUCAAAAAAAUCAGAAGAACCAAAUCUAAAAAAUGAAGUUGAAUCUGAAGAUUCUAGAAUCUAUUCGGAAGAAUCUAGCGAAGAUUUAAGAGAUGAUGUUGAUACUCUGCCACCACAAACUUAAGUUAAUACUUGGAUGUAAAGUAAUACCGAGCCAGUUGAUAUAUCCCAAUCUUAACCAGAACCGAGAAGGAAAAUUAAUAGUAAUUAAAAAAGCUUGAAAGACAAAUUAGUUGGAGAAUUAGGACAUCAUUUUGAAUAAUUAUUUAGAUUAGCUAAAUUAUGCACACAUUUAGAGGACUUGGGAAAACAACACUUAAAAAUGGCUAUUAUGGAUAACAUUAGAAUCGAUGAAAAUAGAGCAGAAACUUGUGCAACUCUCUUGGUUACAUUAGCCACAAUUGGUUACUGA